AUGUCUUCUUCUGCGACGAGUACGGAACAAAUCUUGCGAGAAACGUUCAACGCUUUAGAAAAUGGAUUCAAUCAAACCGCGAUAUUACGAGGCGAACCGACGAGAGCGCAAACGCAUUUGAAACAGUUGACGAAUAAAAUGGCGGACGGGAAGAAACUGAUUAAAGAAUACGAGAGACGAGCGAAAGAGGAAGCAGAGGAGGAAAGCAAGAAUAAUAGUAAUAGUACUACGAAUUAUGCGGCCAGGUUGGAUCAGAUUCAGAUGACGAAGAAAAGAAUGGUUUCUGAGUUGAAUAGGUUUGUUACGAUGAAAAAAGCUGCGCAAAACGCCAUCGCGGAGAAGCAAGCGGCCAUCGCGGAAACGACGAGAGUGUCGAGUUCGUCCGCGGCGCAAGUGUCUCGAUUAGCUGGAGUCAUGCCGACGUUUCAAAAGAUGCACGAGAUUAAAGAGGGCGAUGAUUUGCGAGAGAUGGAUUCGCAACAGCUCGUGCAACACGGGAGAGGAAUGAUGAACCAGACGGAUAAAUCAGUCUCGAGGUCGAAGAAAAUUGUACACGAAACUAUCGAAAUGGGCGCGGUGACUGCGGGGAAGCUCAAAGAACAAACGCAAAAACUGGACGAAAUCACGGACGAGUUGGACGAGCUUCAGUUUUCGGUUCGAAAAUCGUUGAAUCUUGUUCGAGAUAUUACGAAAGGGUUAGCCACGGAUAGGUGCGUAAUUACGCUGAUGCUUUUAGUCGCGGUAGGAGUAGUCGCGGUGAUUAUCGUAAAGGCUACUGGCGCCGAUAAGAAGAAAUCGAGUAGCCCUGCCCCAGCGCCAGAAGCGGCGCCGGCGAGGAGGUUACUUUUGCACGCGAUUGAAUAUAGUUUAAUGUAA